GCCUUUCCUGCCUGUGCCCCUGGCAUGAGGCUCGUGUCCAAGGAGGCUGAGCACUCGUGCUGGAGUGGGAUGUGGGGUGGACACUGAGGGAUGGCCACCAGGGCAGGACAUGAGGUGAGUGUGGGGUGUGGGGUUGCACUCUGGAGCACUGGAGGAUGGGCACAGUGAACCUCCCAUCCUGCUCCCCAAAAGCCAUCCCUUCCCUGACAGUUGCCAUUCCCUGGGAAGGGGUGAUGGCAGGGGCUGAGCUGUGCUGUGGGGACAGUGUAGGGGGUAGUGUGACACAGGGGGCUCCUGCACUUUGGCCUGCUUGGGGCCUGGGUCCUCAGGUCCACAUGUGUCCCCAUCCUGUCCUGCAGCACUGCCCCAUGCCACUCAUGUCCCCAUGUCCUUCAAGUCCCCAUGCUGUCCUGCAGCCAUUCCCACGUUGGUGGGGAGCAGGACAUACCAGAUGAAGCCCAUGCUGUCCCUGGCUGAGGGCUGUGCCUGUGACACCCGUGUCUGUCCCCACAGGAGCUGGUGAUGGCGAUGAUGACAAUGCAGAUGGGAGGACUGAUGAUGGCCAUGCUGGGCUGGCUGGGCUCCAUCCUCACCUGUGCCCUGCCCAUGUGGAAGGUGACGGCCUUCAUUGGUUCCAACAUCGUGGUGGCCCAGGUAUUCUGGGAAGGGCUGUGGAUGAACUGCGUCUACGAGAGCACAGGGCAGAUGCAGUGCAAGGCCUACGACUCCCUGCUGGAGCUCACCUCUGACCUGCAAGCUGCUCGUGCCCUGGUGGUCACCUCCAUCUUUGUGGCCUGCCUCGCCUUCUUCAUCGCCCUCUCAGGAGCUGACUGCACCCGCUGCGUGGAUGACAAUGGCACCAAGACCAGGAUCUCUGCGGUGGCAGGUGUCAUCUUCAUCAUGGCCAGCAUCAUGCUGCUGAUCCCUGUCUCCUGGUCUGCCAACAGCAUUGUCAGCAACUUCUACAACCCUAUGGUGCCCGAGGCCCUCAAGAGAGAGCUGGGGGCUGCCCUCUACAUUGGCUGGGCCUCCAGUGCCCUGCAGCUCUUUGGUGGGGGUGUCCUGUGCUGCUCGGGAUCCCAGUCCCAGCAGGACCCCUACCAGAAGAAGUACAGGGCAGUGAAAACCUGUGGCCCAAUGGGCUAUGCCAUGAAGGACUAUGUGUGAGCCACUGUACCGAGGUGCCAGUCCAAGGCAGAGCACCACUGUCCCUGUCCUGCAUCCCUGUGCCACCCCCUGCCCCUGCAUUGCCUCCUCCUGCCCAUCCCCAUGCUGGCUGACCCUCAGCACGGUCCCCAUAUGUGCCCUUCCCCAGGGCAGGGACUA